AUUGCUGUUGCGGGAGACUCGGAGAGACGGUCGGACUACCGAUGCGCGGUCGGACACGAACUUCUCAUGGAUACGCCAAAGUAACGCGCGCGCGUCUCGCUCUCCUGAACGGAUUUAUUACGCACGAGGAUAGUAUGGGAUUGGUGAUGGGAUGGCAGUGAGCAUGGCCCUUUGGGCAGGCGUAUGGGCUGUUCUCCUACAAUUGGCCUUCCUGCUACUCUUCUCUCCGCCUCCAGGCCACUGCCAAGGUGACAGGCCCCGCCUUGAGUUCACCCAGCCGCUGUACCAUGCGUCGGUCUACGAGAACUCGGCCGCCCGCACCUACUCUGCCAGCCAGGUGCGCAUGGGCAUCCCUCUGCACCAGCACUGGUGGGAGGUUAGGUAUCGCAUCACCUCUGGGGACGAGGAGGGAUUCUUCAAGGCUGAGGAGUAUACUCUGGGAGAUUUCUGCUUUUUGAGGAUACGUACCAAAGGGGGAAAUGCCGCCAUCUUGAAUCGUGAAGUUCAGGAUAACUAUAUGUUGACGGUUAAAGCUUCUAUUAAGGGGGAUACGCUUGAAGCCUGGACUAAAGUGAGCGUGCAGGUGUUGGAUAUGAACGAUCUACGACCCCUUUUUUCCCCAACGACGUAUUCGGUUACCAUUGCGGAAAGCACACCGCUUCGCACCAGCAUAGCACAGGUCACGGCAACGGACGCCGACAUUGGUUCAAAUGGAGAGUUUUAUUACUUUUUUAAAGAGCGAAUGGAACUGUUCACCGUCCACCCAACUAGCGGUGUUGUUUCUCUUAGCGGAAAGCUAGAUGUAGACAUUCAAAGCCGCUACGAUCUAGAGAUUCAAGCAGUGGACCGGGGAAUGAAGCUGUAUGGGAAUAAUGGCGUAAGCAGCACAGCCAAACUGUUCGUUCACGUUGAAAGAACUAAUGAGCACUCGCCAACGUUGAGUUUCGUCACGUUGGCACCAGUGUGGACUGAGAAAUCACCUGUGGUUGCAGUGAUCACUGUAGAGGACGCUGACCAAGGUGUAAAUGGCGAGAUCGAGACUGUGUCCAUUGUCGCCGGGGACCUUCUCGAGCUCUUCAGCGUUGAAAGGACUGAGGUGCGAAGUGAGGAAAUGCCGAUGGAGGAGGACGGGAGUCAGAAAGGUUCGAAUGAGUUCGUACUACGCGCAACCGGUGAGUUCAAUUGGGACAGCUAUCCGUUUGGAUUAAACCUCAGCUUGCAAGCACGGGAUCGUGGAACACCUCAGAAGUUCUCCGCUGUGCAUGUGAUGCACCUUCAGCUGUCACGACCGACCCCGAAGGAGGUCCGGUUUCAGAAGGAUGAAUACCAAGUUCUUCUAAGUGAAGUUGCUCCGCCUGGUACUGUCGUGGAGGCCGUAAAGCUCCAACCAGAGCCGGACGAUGCAGAGUACAUCCUCACACCGUCUCCUGAUUCUGUGUUCUUCGGUAUUAACACCAUUACAGGGGUUAUCAGUACGAUACGCUGGCUUACCCAACUCACGCAAGAACUGUUUGAGCUAGAGGUUCUAGAAGUAGACAGCGGUCUUAGGGUCAAGGUUAGGGUAGUACUAGAAGAUGCCAAUGACAAUGCUCCUACGUUUACUCAGCAGUCAUAUGAAGUAUUUGUCAAUGAGAGUGUUCCCGUAGGCACUACUGUUGUGGUGGUGACGGCUUCUGAUGGGGACCAUGGGGAAAAUGGCUACAUCACGUACAGCAUGGCCAGUUUGACAACGUUACCCUUCAGCGUGCAGCAGUUCACUGGUGCUGUCACUACAUUACAAGAACUGGACUUUGAAUCUUCCUUAGAGAGCUUUAGUUUUGUGGUCCGUGCUUCCGAUUGGGGUUCACCAUACAGACGGGAGAGCGAAGUCAACGUCACUGUGCAUCUAGAGAACGUUAAUGAUAACAAGCCUCUUUUUGAGAAAGUAGACUGCUUAGGUGUAGUUUCAAGGGAACUUCCAGUCGGUGAGGUUAUCACCACAAUGUCCGCCAUAGACAUUGAUGAGUUGGAGCUAGUCAAAUAUAAGAUUCUCUCUGGGAACGAACGAGGGUACUUCGAAUUAAAUCCCGAUUCGGGCGUCAUGACUUUAGCCCGUUCCCUCACCACAGCUGUGCCCAGAAACACCUUCAGUCUAAAAAUUACCGCCACAGAUGGGGAACACUUCUCAGAUGUUAUGUUUGUGAACAUAUCCGUAGUGCAAGGCAAAAUGCCGCCCAAGAGCUUUAGCUGCACAGAAACCAGAGUAGCACAACGUCUGGCUGAGAAACUUUUAAAGAAAGCCAAAGCUAACAGUAAACCCAAAAUAGAGGAAGGCUUUAUUGACCUGUUUUCUGUGAACCGUCAGACGCCACAGUUUGACAAAUCAUUCCCCACGGACAUUACCGUACGUGAGGAUGUAGAGAUCGGCACGAAUGUGUUUCAGGUGAAAGCGUACGAUGGCGACACCGGGUUCAACGGACAGCUGUUGUACUCCAUAGCUGAUGGCAACACGGAUAGCUGUUUCACGAUUGGAAUCCAGAACGGCAUGAUAAGCGUUUUCCUUCCAUUAGACCGUGAAAGUACUGACAGAUACCUUCUAAACAUCACACUUUAUGAUCUAGGCCAACCUCAACGAUCCGCCUGGCGACUUCUUACAGUUUACAUAGCAGACGCUAAUGACAACGCACCGCAGUUUCUUCAAGACGCCGGCUACCAUGCCCGCAUUCCUGAAAACACUCCUGUUGGCACUGAGGUGAUCCAAGUGGAGGCCACAGAUAAAGAUCAAGGUCUCAAUGGUGAGAUCCAGUAUUCCCUACUCACCAGCACAUCACAGUUUGGCAUUAACAGCUCCAAUGGUAUCGUGUACGUUGCGGGUCAAAUAGACCGUGAGUUUUUCCCCUUGUUCACAUUAAAAGUUGAAGCACGAGACCGGGCAGAGCGAGGAGCGCAGCAAUUUUCAAUAACAACUUUGAAAAUCAUACUGGACGAUGUUAAUGACUGUCCACCUGCUUUUAUCCCAAAUGUUGUGAGUGCCCGUGCAUUAGAGGACCUGCCGGUUGGCACCGUCAUCGCUUGGCUUGACACACAAGAUCCUGACCUGGGACUCGGCGGACAGGUGCGAUACUCACUCGCUAAUGACUACGACGGGCGUUUCGAGGUGGACAAGACAAGCGGUGCCAUUCGGCUAACCAAGGAGCUGGAUUACGAAACUCAGCAGUUCUUUAACCUAACAGUCCGGGCAAAAGACAAAGGCAGACCAGUCUCACUCCUGUCAGUUAGCUUCGUAGAACUGGAAGUUGUGGAUGUCAAUGAAAACCUCUACGCGCCAUAUUUCUCCAAUUUCGCCAUGAACGGAUCGGUAAAGGAAAGCGCUCGCAUCGGGACCUCCUUGCUGCAGGUAUCCGCACGGGACGAUGACAAGGGGAGGGAUGGCCAGGUGCAGUAUUCCAUACGUGAUGGGAGCGGUCUCGGGAGAUUCACCAUCGACGAGGAGACGGGUGUGAUCUACACCACUGAUCUGUUAGAUCGAGAGACGCAGGACUCCUAUUGGCUGACGGUGUACGCCACAGAUCUGGGCGUGGUUCCUCAAUCGGCUGCGCUGCAGGUGUACAUUCAGGUGGAAGAUGUUAAUGAUAACGCCCCCCUCACAUCUGUAACAAUGUAUCACGCCACCAUACCAGAAAACUCCCCGAAGGACCAAUCCAUCAUUCAGAUCCAGGCGCAAGACCCCGACGCCACGGAAACCGAGCCCCACCUUUCGUUCCGCAUCUCUAGUGGCAACCCGCAGAACUUCUUCAGCAUCAACCCUCGCACCGGUCUGAUUAGCACAACCUCCCGGAAGUUGGAUCGCGAACAGCAGGCAGAGCACGUCCUGGAGGUUACCGUGUCGGAUGGCGGUUCCUCUCCCAGACAAACCACCGUGUGGGUUGUGAUUCAAGUUCUGGAUGUCAACGAUAACAAACCCACAUUUCCCGAGAAGGUGUAUCAGGUACGAUUACCCGAGCGCACCCGUAAGCAGCGAGGCGCUCCCAUAUAUCGCGUGUUUGCCUACGACCAGGACCAGGGCGCCAACGCCGAACUCUCCUACAGCAUCGUCGACGGCAACGAGGACGGCAAGUUCAUCAUCGAUGCCAAAACGGGAGUCGUUUCGUCACCCAAAAAACAGUUCACAGCUGGAACCUAUGACAUUCUAACCGUAAAGGCAGUUGAUAACGGGCGUCCUCAGCGGUGGGCGACGGCUCGGCUGCACAUCGAGUGGAUUCGCCGGCCUCCGCCCAGCCCCGUUCUUCUGGCCUUCGACGAGCAGCUUUACAACUUCACUGUCAUGGAAACCGACAAAGUUGCAGACAUCGUUGGGGUGGUGUCUGCUCAGAUGCAGGGCUCCGCCUCCUUGUGGUUUGACAUCACAGGUCCACGCUCCUUCCGUGAGAUGUUCUAUAUUCUCCAGACCGCUUGUGGCAGGAACUGUUCUACAGAAGGCGGAGACAUAGACAGCACGUUUGACGUUGAGAAGGGUUUAGGCACCAUUGUCAUCGCCAAACCUCUGGACGCCGAGCAGAGAUCGUUUUAUAACCUCAGUGUGGAGGUCACGGACGGAACAAAUGUAGCAUACACUCAGGUCCACAUUACCGUUAUGGACAACAACGACAACGCGCCCGUUUUUUCCCAGCCCACUUAUGACAUCACCAUCGCGGAGGACACGCCUCCGGAUACCGAAGUGGUUCAGGUGCUGGCGUCUGACCGCGACGAGCGCCACCGCUUGACCUUUAGCCUUCAGAGCAGCGUUGACCCCAGCAGCUUGCGCUUGUUCCGCAUCGACCCCAACAGCGGAGUCAUCUACACGGCACGCAGGCUCGAUCACGAAAGCCGAACGCAGCACAUUGUCACCGUCAUGGUGAAGGAUCAAGAGUUCCCCUAUCGACGCAGUCUUGCUCGCGUGCUGAUCGGUGUGGAGGACGUGAAUGACCACACCCCUCAGUUCACAAUGGGGAUGUAUGAUGGACAGGUGUAUGAAUCGGCUGCUCUCGGAUCCGCUGUUCUCAUGGUAACAGCACUCGAUAAGGACAAGGGCCAGAACGCUCAGAUCACUUACAGUAUUGACUCAGGAAACGCAGGAAACACUUUUCGUGUUGAUCCUGUUUUGGGCAUCAUCUCACUGGCUCGAGAGCUAGACGUCUCCAACAUCGGUCACUACGUCUUAUCCGUCAAAGCAACUGAUAAUGGAUCCCCAGCGUUGUCUUCAACAGUCAUUGUCCGAAUUGCUGUCACCCUGUCUGAUAAUGCUGCUCCCAAGUUUCCUCAAAGUGAAUAUCAGGCGGAGGUUGCUGAAGGUGUUGCCAUAGGAACUUCAGUAAUCACAGUGAACGCCCUCAGCCUCUCCACACUAACCUACGACAUUCGCCACGGCAACAGCGACCGGACGUUCCGCAUUAACCAGUACAGUGGAGUGAUCACUACGCAGAAAUCACUGGACUUUGAGACAAUCUCGUCAUACGUGCUUACAGUCACCUCUAGCAACAUGGCGGGUCAAGCUUCUAAUGCUACAGUAACCGUUAACAUUCUCGAUCAGAACGACAACGCUCCAGUGUUCCAGCAACUGCGGUACCACGGUAGCAUCAGCGAAGGGACGGGGCUCAACAGCGUUGUGAAGAGCGAUGAAGAACAACCUCUGGUCAUCCGUGCGACGGACGCCGACCGUAACCACAAUGCACUGUUGGUUUAUCAAAUCAUGGAGGAAUCAGCCAGACGUUUUUUCACUGUAGAUGCUGGCACUGGAUCUAUCCGGACAAUCGCUCCGCUCGACCACGAAACCACACCUAUGCUUCGUUUUCACGUUAAUGUCAGAGACAGCGGACUUCCGCAGCUCUCGGCCGAGCGGCCCGCCGAAGUAACAAUCGAGGUACAGGACGUCAACGACUGCCCUCCUAAAUUUUCCCAAGAUUCUUAUGAAGCCGUCCUUUUGCUGCCGACAUACGAAGGCGUGGAGGCCCUACAGGUUUCCGCCACCGACCCUGAUGGAAGCGGAAAGUCAGAGCUCACCUACUCGUUGACGGACGGCAGCUUGGAACAUUUCAGUAUAGAGCCAAAGACUGGACUCUUGAUAGUAAGGAACAGUUCAUUUAGCAAAGAACGAUUCAGGUUUAAUGUCCGCGUGUCUGACGGACGCUUCUCCAGUUCAGCUCUAGUCACCAUCCUGGUACAUGAGGCUUUGGACAGCGCCUUGGCUUUUACCCACAAUGUCUACCAUGCCAACAUAGUGGAGAACAACGGCAACGUGACAACAGUGGCUGUGGUGACGGCACUGGGAAACAAACUCAACGAACCCCUGCGGUACACGUUGCUGAACGCCGGUGGCAAAUUCCGUAUCAAACCGACGUCCGGCGCCAUCGAGACCGUUGGAGUCCCACUCGACAGAGAGGAGAAAGAAGAGUAUGGAUUGCUUGUGCAGGCGGGCCGUGAGGAAGACCGCCUUCGUGUCGCGAGGGCACUGGUUAAAGUUCGAGUCACGGAUGUAAACGACAACGCUCCGGUUUUCGUUGGCUUGCCAUAUUAUGCAGCGGUGCAAGUCGAAGCCACUCCAGGAACUGUGAUAUUUCGAGUCACCGCUGUUGACCGUGACAAAGCGGAAAAUGGAGAGGUCAACUACUUUCUCCAGGAUGAGCUUGGACAUUUUGAGAUGGAUCGUGUGAGCGGUGAACUUCGCCUGAGGAGAUCUUUUGAAGCGGAUCUCUCCAGUGUGGAAUAUCAAGUUUUGGUGUUGGCACGUGACAUGGGCACUCCGUCUCUGUCCUCUACAGUCACGUUUCCGGUUACAGUGGUAAACAGAGCAAUGCCAGUGUUUGACCGACCCUUCUACUCAGUAAAAGUGAGUGAAGAUGUACCAGUAUGGACUCCCAUUCUGGGCAUAAAUGCCAGCAGCCCUGAUGGCCAAAGUGUCCUCUACACGAUCACCCACGGCGACCCGGGCACACUCUUUUCCAUCGGAUUUGACACGGGGGUCAUCAGCGUCAUAGCGGCCCUUGACUACGAGACCGGCACAGCACACCAUCUCAUCGUCAGAGCCACUGACUGCCUCACAGGUGCUCGUGCCGAAGUCGAUGUCGAAGUCACUGUUUUAGAUGUCAAUGAUAAUCCUCCCGUGUUUGAGCAACCAUCAUACAAAGCUGUAAUUUCGGAAUCUGUAAUGAUUGGAACCCCAGCGCUGCAGGUGCUCACAACAGACGGCGACUCAGAGAAAAAUGCAGACGUGCGAUAUCAAAUCAUACCUGACCGAAACAACAGCACUGAGCACUUUCACAUCGACAGCAGCAGCGGGUUAAUUCUGACCGCCCGCUCUCUAGACCACGAAACCAUCCAGCGUUACGUUUUCCUCGUCAAGGCGACAGACAAUGGCUUUCCGCCUCUGAGCAGUGAAGUCUGGGUCACUGUAGAUGUCACAGACACAAAUGACAAUGCACCCGUGUUCAACCAACUCCUUUAUGAGGCCUCUGUGAAUGAAUUGGCACCCAAAGGGCACUUUGUCACCUGCGUGCAAGCAUCGGACGCAGACCGUUCCGAUGCUGAGCAUUUGCAGUAUGGCCUUGUAUCUGGAAAUGAGAGAAUGCUGUUUCAGCUGCACGCGCCAUCCGGCGUCCUCACCCUGAGCGGGCAGCGGCGCGCCCAACGCAUGCCUUCCGCCGUCACCCUGAACGUGAGCGUUUCGGACGGAGUGUUUACCACCACAGCCCAAGUGCACAUUCGAGUGGAAAGAGCCAAUCUGCACGCCCCGCAGUUCACACAGGGAUUGUACGAAGCAGACUUGAGGGAGAACACGCCUGCGGGCUCGAAGGUUAUCGCGAUCAGGGCGCAGGAUGCAGAUCCAGGUCCGUAUGGAGAUGUGAGGUACAUCGUGCUUUCAGAUGCAGCACGAGAUUUGUUCAGCAUCGAUGGAAACGGACAAAUCACGACUUUGGAGAAACUUGACCGUGAAGAGAGGGAUGACAUAGUGCUGUCUGUUGCAGCUGUGGAUGCUGGCGGGCGCUCUGGGUAUUGCAGCGUGCGAGUCACUAUAUUGGAUGAGAAUGACAACACGCCGCUGUUUGGAGCCUCGGAGUACCACGCUAGUGUGCGGGCUGGUGUUGAAUUGGGUACGCUCGUGACCCAAGUGCAGGCUUGGGAUGCAGAUCAGGGCGCAAAUGGACAAGUGAGUUACAGUCUGUACAGCGAGGCCAGUCUGCAAGUAACUGAGCUUUUAGAUAUCGACCCAGACAGUGGUUGGGUUGUCACAAAGGGCAAUUUUGCAUCCCUACUUGGAUCAGUGCUGUCCUUUUUUGUUAAAGCCUCUGACGGGGGUGCACCCGUCAAACAUUCCCUUGUGUCUGUCUACAUACAUGUCCUGUCAGCCGACGCCCACAUCCCUGCCUUCAGCCAGCCUCAAUUCUCCUUUACUGUGCUCGAGGACACGCCCAUCGGGUCUCCGAUUGGGGCUGUGCAUCUACACACCUCCAUAAGCCACGCCUCCCUACCUGUAAGCUUCUCAGCUGCGAUUGGACAGACCCCAGCGAGCAACAGUGAUGCAGUGUUCGUUGUGGAUAAAGAAAGUGGCAUGAUCAAACUAGACAAAGUUCUGGAUCGAGAGCUGACCCCCGUCUAUCAUUUUAAAGUGCUUGCGGCCUUGCAACAAGGACAGUUGGAUUCCGUGUCUGCUGUUGAUGUAGAGGUCAAAGUUCAAGACAUCAAUGACAACAAACCUGCAUUCGAGUCGGAUGCUUAUGAAACAUCCGUCACUGAGGGUCUUUCCCCCGGGACCCGGAUUCUGCAAGUACGAGCUUCGGAUUCUGAUUGGGCGGCUAACGGUCAGGUGACCUACAGUCUUGCGCCGCCGGGGUUGCUGGGUGGCUCUAUGGGUGAGGAUAUUGAGGAACACGGAGCCUACUUUACCAUUGACAGCAGCUCUGGUUGGAUUUCAACGCUGAAAGGGCUGGACCAUGAACAGAGCCCCGCCCAUAGUCUAACAGUCUGGGCGUUUGACCUCGGUGACCCUGCCAGCCAGUCGUCUUCGACAACUGUAACCAUAGCAGUGAGCGAUUCUAACGACAACAUCCCACAGUUCCUUCAGCCCCGUUACUAUGGCAGUGUUCGAGAGAGCGAUGCACCUGGUGAAGUGGUGGCGGUGUUGAACACACGUGACAAUGACAGCUCACCUGGAAACCGCCAAGUCACCUAUCACAUCACAGGAGGAAAUCUAGGUGGUGUGUUUGCCCUGGGGCUGGUGCAGGGAGAAUGGAAGCUGUACGUCAAGCGUCCGUUAGACCGGGAGGAGAGAGACCUAUACUCGAUCAACGUCACGGCGACGGAUGGACUUCACGUCUCCACGGCAACCGUGGAAGUUACGGUGACUGAUACGAACGACAACAGUCCUGUCUGUGAUCCGGCCGUGUAUAUAGUGUCUGUGUCUGAAGAUGUUCCUGUAAAUAAACAAAUCUUGCGGGUCAGAGCCACAGACGCAGACACGGGUUCAAACGCUCAGAUUCAGUUCUCUCUGUUGGGUUCUGGUGCGGAGGACUUCAGCAUAGACCCACAUACAGGUGAGCUGAAGACCACCGUGGCGCUGGACCGUGAGAAGGUGGAGCGGUACUAUCUGGUUGCCCGGGCGACGGAUGGAGGUGGUCUGUGGUGUGAAGCUGAGGUGGCAGUGGAUCUGCUGGAUGUGAAUGACAGUCCGCCUGUCUUCAGCUUGAAUCAUUACACGGCCAGCGUGUACGAGAACACAGCAAUUAAAGCCCUGCUGACCCGAAUACAGGCUAUAGAUCCUGACCUGGGUGUUAACCGUAAAGUAGUAUAUUCUCUGGUUGAUUCGGCAGAUGGGUUCUUCUCUAUUGAUAAGUCUUCCGGGAUCGUCGUUCUCGAGCGUCUGUUAGAUCGUGAGGUCCAGUCCUCCUAUCGUAUUACGGUCCGGGCAUCAGAUCAAGGUGUUCCCGUUCGACUCUCCUCUCUCGCCAACAUAACUAUCACGGUUCUGGACAUCAAUGAUAAUCCGCCUGUGUUUGAGAGGAGAGACUAUCUGUCCACUCUUCCUGAAGAUGUGGCUGUUGGUACGGAGGUGGUGCAGGUUUACGCCGCCAGUAAAGACAUCGGUACCAACGCUGAUAUUUACUACAGCAUCCGCUCCGGAAACCAGCAAGGUCAUUUCACCAUUAACAUCAACACAGGAGCCAUCUCCGUGUCUCGACCUCUAGACUUUGAGUCCUGUAAGGAUUACUUCCUGACCGUGGAAGCAGCGGAUGGCGGGACUCCGCCCCUUGGUGCUGUUACCAUGGUGAACAUCAACCUGACAGAUGUGAAUGACAACGCCCCCAUGUUCAGUCGCGACGCUUACAGCGUGUCUAUUAUUGAGUACGCGAACAUAGGAGACACCGUGGUGAAGGUAACCGCAGAGGACAUCGACAGCCAGGCGAACGGCGACAUCCUCUAUUCAAUCGUCAGCGGCGACCGAGAGAACCAGUUCUUCAUUGAGCCAAUCACAGGCCAGAUCAAAGUCAACAAGCAGCUGGAUCGAGAAACGAUGGCUAGUUACUCGUUGUCCGUAAGAGCGCUUGACAGUGGCACACCAGCCAUGUCCUCAACCGUACAGGUCAACAUCGACAUCGCGGACGUUAAUGACAACCCGCCCACUUUCACACCAGCCAAUCACUCUGCUGUCAUACAGGAGAACAAAGCAUCGGGAACGAGUGUCCUGCAACUGUCUGUGGUGGAUAAAGAUGCCAGCCACAAUGGCCCUCCCUUUCAUUUCCGCAUCCUAUCAGGAAACAAGGGGGCGUGGUUUAAGCUGGAUAGAGAUGGGCUGUUGACAUCCAAUCAGGUGUUUCGUAGGUCAGAGGGCACGGAAUACGUCAUUCAAGUGCAGGCCAGCGACUCCGGUCGGCCACCGUUGUCGUCGACAGCGACGGUGUUGGUUCGUGUUAUUGAGGAGAGCGUUCACAAACCUGCAGCGUUACCGUUGCACGUGCACAUCGUAACCAUGGAGGACGAGUUUCCGGGAGGCGUGAUUGGUCAGAUACACGCAACGGAUCAGGAUGCGUUUGAUAUACUCACUUAUGGACAUACACAUCAACAGAGCAGCCUUUUCAAGGUGAGCCCUCGGGACGGUCGAAUCAUCGCUCUGAGCGGGUUGGACGCAGGCCGCUACACUCUCAAUGCCACUGUAACAGAUGGCCGCUUCAUGGUGAGCGUGCCCGUGAGCGUGCACGUGGAGCAGGCCUCAGCUGAGAUGCUCCACGAGGCCGUGACGAUCCGUUUCGACCGCGUCUCCCCUCACGACUUCGUCUCUCGCCACCUCCCCUCGGUCAGACGUGUUCUUUCCAGCGUCAUGGGAACAUCUCGUCCUGACGCCCUGCACGUGCUCAGCGUUCAGCCCGUCGAGUCAACCGGGCAGCUGGACCUGCUGGUUGUCGUGGAGACGACGGAAGGUGGAGGGUUCUACAAAGCGGCGUUCGUCACGCAGAAACUGAGUUCAGCCCGUCGUCAGCUGGAUCAGGUUUUGAGGGUGUCGGCGGUUCUGGACAAGAACUGCUCGGGUUUGGACUGCAGAGAAGCCCAGUGUGAACAGACCAUCACGCUGGACUCACACAGUCUGCUCACAUACAGCUCCACCAAAACUAGUUUUGUGUCGCCAAAGUUUAACAGGAACACACGAUGUGUGUGCAGCGAUGGGAGUUGUUCUGUCGGCUCUGAGGUGUGUGCGGAGAUAAGAUGUCCUGGAGACAUGCAGUGUGUUGGCACAGACAGCAGCAGGGGGCCGUACGCGUGCCAGUGUCCCCCCGGCAAACUCGGAGAGUGUGCUGGACACACGUCUCUGAGUUUCUCUGGCAAUAGUUACAUAAAGUACAGAGUUACAGACGGAGAUAGAGACGGAGAGAUGAAGUUGUCCCUUCGGAUCAGAACGAUGCAGAGCCGGGGAAUCAUCAUGUUCAUGCGCAGUGACCCCUGCACUGUGUUAAAGAUCGAAGAGGGAAAGCUCUGGUUCCAGUUAGACUGCGGCAACAACCCCAGAAGCAUCGGAAUCUCCGGGCGACCAAUCAACGACGGCAUCUGGCAUCACGUGACCCUGGAAAUACGGGGAAACUACAGCAGCCUGUCGCUAGACGACACGUACGUAGAGAGACGUCUGGGUACGCCCAAAGUACGACCGACGGGAGCAGAUUUGUCUAUUUACUUCGGGGCGGAGGUGUCGCCCACGGACGCCCGCAGUGUGACGGAACGGAAGGGCCCGCGGGUCACCAACGGGUUUCAGGGCUGUCUGGACUCGGUGGUUCUGAACGACAAUGAACUUCCGCUGCAGAACAAACGCAGCCCGUACGCAGAGGUGGUCGGACUGACGGAUCUCAAGCUGGGGUGUGUUCUGUACCCCGACGCCUGUGCCGCCCUGCCCUGUCUCAACGGCGCCACCUGCGUCAGUAUGCCGUCUGGAGGUUUCUCGUGCAGUUGUAGCGGUCUGUACACCGGAGGUCGCUGUGAGACGGAGACCAGCGUGUGUGCUCCAAACCCGUGUCAGAACGGAGGCGUCUGCAAACCCAUCGGAAACGCUUUCGUCUGCAGCUGCAAGAGAGGAUACACAGGAGCGACGUGCGAGGAGGACGUGAACGAGUGUGAACGCGAGCUGUGCGAGAACAAUGGCAUGUGCGUCAACACCUUCGGCUCCUUCUAUUGCAACUGCACGCCCGGUUUCGUGGGCAGCGCCUGUUCCGUCCGCCCCGUGUUGGUUCCGGACAUGCAGGCUGGACACGCCUACGUCGGCAAAGAGGAGCUGAUCGGCAUCGUCGUGGUGCUGUUCCUCAUCCUCGCCCUUAUCCUCCUCUUCAUCGCCUUCCGGAAGAAAGUUUUCCAGAAGAGCUAUUCACGGAAUAACCUCUCCAUGGUCCAGGAUCCGGCCACGGCCGCCCUUCUGCACAAAGCCAACGGUGGUCAUUACCCAUCCCUGAGAUGCGCUAUCGGAGAGCCCAUCAGCCUGUACACGGAAGGAAGUAUGAUCGGCCCACCACAGGUUCCUGUCCGACCCAUGGCCUACACGCCGUGUUUCCCCGGAGAUGCUCGAGGAUCUCUCGAGAAAAGGAAGGGGGAUGGCAGAGGCCUGGAGUUGACGGAGAUGAGCACUUUUCAUCCGUCGGAGUCGCCACGGAUACUGGGCGGAACCAACCGGAGGGGCGUGGUCGUGUGUAGCGUAGCGCCAAAUCUGCCGCCUGUUUCGCCCUGCCGGUCAGACUGUGAUUCGCUUCGAAAGAGUCCCUGGGAAGAUGAGGGUAAAGUGGAUUUACUGGAGGAGGUCACGUGUUUCUCCGGCAGUAACAAGGGCAGCAAUUCUGAGGUCCAGUCGCUGAAUUCAUUUCAGUCGGAUUCUUGUGAUGAUAAUGCUUCCAUAGUGACGGUAAUUCGGCUGGUCAAUGAUGCAGUCGACACAAUUGAAAAUGAAGUGUCUGUUAUGGAUCAAGGUCAAAACUACAACAGAGCGUACCACUGGGACAACUCCGAUUGGCUGCCGAGCACACGGCUACCCGACAUCGAUGAAGUGCCCACCUACGAGACAGGUGAAGUGGGCGUGGCCUUAGAAACCGAUUAUUACCUCGGUGGAUUUGACGUCGACAGCGACUACCCGCCUCCCCACGAGGAGGAGUUCAUGUCACGGGACCAGUUGCCCCCGCCUCUUCCCACUGAGGAAUUCGACACAUCGCCCGCCAAUCAACCCGUCUCCAGGGACAGCACGCUUAGCGGAGACCGUAAGCCCCGCCCACACUUCCACCCCAGCCAAUACCUGCCCCCGCAUCAGCUGCCGCUCGGCACCGCAGGGGAGGAGUUCAGCACUUUGGCCAGUAGGGAGGAGCGCCUAUCCGUCAACGCCUCCUCCGUAUCCGACGUUUCCUCAACCCCCUGCGGGUUCGAAGACUCUGAAACGGGUGGAAGUUUGGAUAGUCUGGAGGAAGCUCACUUGCAUACGCAGCAGACUGAGGUGUGAUGCACACUACGUACGCUCAAAUGUCAGGAAGUAAAGACGCCGUUAUCUGCGCUACCAAACUAAAAAAAGAUUCAAAACUGUGAGCGGGACAGUUGCAGAUAGACCGUCUGAAGACAGACAGACUCUCGGCUGCGAACAGACCUGCCCACGUUUAAAAGCACAGGAAGUGAUGUCAUGGGUGGGGACCAUGUGAUUAAAGCAACAAGAUGCGUUACGGCGUAAGGAGACCAAUGAUCUGUAGACAUGUUUCCAGAAAUGUCAUGCUAUUCUUUUCACCUUUAUUGUGAUGCUGCCCUUCAUGUGUCUGAAAGACGAGACCGUUUCAAAACCUGGUGAACUGCUUCCUUAGCAUUUUUAGGCAGCAUUGAAUCUGGGGUGAAGACCGAUCCAAAAAGUACUUGGCAAUAUUAUUUGAUUCAUUAUUGAAGUGUCAAUCAAAAAUGGUGUAGUGAAAAUGAGAAAAAAGUUUAUUUUUAAAGUUCGUAAUAUCAUUUGAAACUAUAUUAAAAUGUGUUUGAAAACUAAAAUUAGUUAACCAAUUUACAUGUUUUAUAUUCUUUCUGGGAAUAGAAGGCAGACUCUUUCCAGUCUUGCGUUAUGCACAUCUUUCGAUCAUUUCAAAUAAUAUUGCAGCCCUUUUAAUAUAUUUCUGCCCAUUAUUUGUGUGCACUAUGUAUUUUUAUGCAUAUUAUUGUAUCCCUAUGAAUUAUGACACCUCUCUGUUCAGAAAAGGCAUCUUAAACUGGUUUAAAUUGGUUUGCUGGUUCAUUGUGGUCUUACGUCUGACUGGGCUGAUCUUCAGCUGGUUUGAGUAAGCUAAAGUGAUUUAGACAGCCUAAGGCUGUGUUCACAUUUUACUUCUUGAUAAGAAAAAGUUGACAAUGGCACUUUUUUAUGGAAAAAAGUUGUUUGUUACCAAUAGCAGCUGGCAAUGACUCCGGAGGCAGCGUUUGUGCACGAAGGCAGCUCAGCUUCAUAGGCAGCGUAUCGGAAGUCUAUUUGAAUUAUUAACAGAGAGCGUCUUCGCAAUAACCAAUCACGUAUUUAAAACCUACAAUACUAAUUUCUUGCUAGAAAUGGAAUCAAAAGUUAUUGAAGGUGAAAUUUAACGUACAUUUAUAUGGAACUAUGCUUCAAAUGUCGUAUCAGGCGCCAAUUUAUUUUUUCAAGCUUAAUCUGCUCGACCAAUCACCUUCUUGCAUGUUCUUAUGGAAACAACAGGUCUCGCUAGUCGUUUGUCAUUGGUUAGCUAUUAAAAGGUGUUUGAUGUAGGGCAUUUUUUUUUCAUAAAGUUUUUCCAACUUCAAAAGACGCCGGUGCUGGCGUUUAAAAAAGCGCUCAGGACUUUUUUAAAAACACGGUUUACUCCAUGGGAUUAUAAUGGAAAACAGCCACUAGCAGUUUAAAAAAGAAGUCAAGUCUGAACAUGGCCUUAUGCUGUGUUCACACAAAACACGUUAUUUCUUACUCACAGGAAUGGUUUGUUAUUUUCGCGUGAAUUACGCAAAAAAUGCUUUCGGACGUCUCGUUGUGUCAAACAGUAGGUGUCAAUGAGCUCUUCGCGCCCAUUUCUUGCUCGAGUUGAAAUUUUUUAAUUUGCGCGGAAGACACAAUUGCCGCCCGAUUUGCGUUAUUCACGUCGCCCCGUGUGGAGUUGCAUCUAUUUGCGUCAUUGCAUUGACUUAGCUCACAUAAAUCGCAUUUGGUGUGAACGCUGCAUUAGUAGGCAGCUGCCUAUGGAGACAGCAAGACAGUUCACUAGGUUUUGGACGUACAUUUUUGUAUGUAAACAUUAAUUUAAACAGUUUUUAUAUAAAAGUCAAGAAGCACAGAUAGUUUUGAAUCUCUCUACGCUGGAAUUUCCGUCUCUGUCUAAAUUGAGUUUUUGUUUGUCUUUAUAUUUUUUUGCACUAAAUUGAUGGUCGAUAUACAGCAGCCAAGUCUGAAACGGUUAUAUCAUGUCAUACUUUCCUUGCAUCAGAUGCUUGACAACAGAACCUCAAUAGCACUAUUUUUCAAACGGAUGGUUUAAUGUUGUAUGUGUGUUUACUGGGGUGUGUUUUAAAGGAAGAUGGGCAAAACUCUUCUGUAAGGACACGUUUUCCGUCCUGUCAUAAUGUUAUUGUGUCUUAUAAAAGCAUCAUGAUUGCAUAUCAGAAAUUCAUGAGCAGAACGUCAUCGGUCUUUGAUCAGAGAGAUGUUUAUGUGGCACAUGCAAUGCAAGAAUGACACAUGCCUGUAGCGCACAGUCCAACCUUCUCGGAUUCUAUAUCAAUCCUAAAGAAAGAAACGAGAGAGAGAGAUAGAGAGAGAGAGAGAGAGAGAGAGAGAGAGAGAGAGAGAGAGAGAGAGAGAGAGAAAUCAAUAACUGUACGUCAGAGAGAAGAAGAGAGACAUGGAUGAAACUGAAUAUUGAAUAAAAGAAAAUGUUGUGAAAUCUAUAAAAAAAUACUCAAAAUAUGUUUGAGAGAAGGAGAGGGAUUGAAAACUGUGGACCAAUUUUGAAUUGGAAAGCCAAAUUAUUCGGAAGGGAACAUUUUGACGCAAUUGGUUUGAAGUUUGCCGUGAGGGUGCACUGUAACGGACAAUUUUUUGUAAAAGCUAUAAUUUUGAAGUCAUUUGUUGUACAUAUACAGUGUAUAUAAAGUUAUUCAAAUGCAGAUUUUGUAGAUAUUGAACUGCAAUCAUGUCAGGGUUUCUGAAUCCUGCGAGCGUGAAAAGGGACAAAAUACGACAAAUAUGAAUUUUUCAUCGUUUUAACAUUUUUAACAGCAGAAGACACACGUGGUUUUGGCUCGUGUGCUUCCUUUAUGUUUCAGUUUUCGUCUCUGUACAGUUCUGCUUUUUAUUUUCAAAAUACCAACAUUUCAGUCCAUCUUUAAAAAGUGUAUUUUUAUUUCUGCUUUACCAUGUUUAUAUUAAAUGAAAUUGCUCUGCUCUGACAGGGUGUUUUAUUUUUACUUCGGUUGUCGUUUGUUUGUUUAAUUUCGUUCAAUUUAAUUUCACCUCUGAAAUUGUUCUGUUGACUGUGUAAAACAGUAUUAAAAUGCCUGUUUUAAGUGUAAAAUGUCUUUUUUUCACCUCUGGGUGUUUAUUUUUUUUCAACCAAUGAUAAAAUGAUGAGUAUUGUUGAAA